AUGAUGGCUAAUCGAGGCUACAUUCUGAUCCAGCUAUUACUAUUGUUGCCUAAUACAUUCUUCACUCAUUCAAUCUCCUUGGAGUCGGGCUAUUCUCAAAUCAACUAUCUCAACGAUGUUAUUCAAAAUGCGAUAAAGGAAAGACCCGCCGACACCUUGUUGCUCCUAAAACGUCGACAGGAUAAAAACUGCCUCAUGAAGGAUUUUAAUCCUCAUCAUCUUAUACCCACUCUACGCCUUGAUGAAUUCACUAUAAUCAAUGUUAAGGAUCUCUUCAAUAGCGAGGCAAUUUCUCUGGUUUUUAUGUCCGAGCUCGCAGAUUACAUAUUACUGACAUCUCUAGCCAAGGAUCUUCAUCGGAUGAGGGAAUCACGAGUUAUUAUCUGGCUGCAGAGUACUCAAUCGAAUCUAAGAGCCUACCUGGAUAUUAUUACUGAACAAGCAAGUAACUUUAACUUUCUCAGCCUAAUUGUGCUACAUUCAACCUCGUCGGAUGUGAAUGAACUAAUUGUUGCCUAUCGACUUCAACCAUUUCCUCGUCCAAAUCUAAAGCGUAUUUCGAAUUUAUUUGAUGGAAAACUCUUUGUCAAGACCUGGCUCAACUUUAACGGGAAAACAGCCGUGAUAUUGCCUGAUUUGAUACCACCUCAUAGCCUUUUGGCAAAGGAUAUUCACACGGGAAAACAGAAGUUGUAUGGUUGCUAUGACAGACUUAUAGAAGAGUUUGCCAAGAAAUAUAAUAUCAGCUUGCGAUUGAAUCGGCCAAUUAGCGAGGUGGGAAAAUUGGGCAGGACUGAAGUCCAUCGAAUGACGAUAAAUGGUGAACUUGAUCUGCCGAUUCAAGCUUUUGUACAUGCAGUAAAAUGGAAAACACAAAAUGUUGAAUAUGUUUCGGCUAUCGAUGUUGGCGGCAUUUUCAUUGUGGUUCCCUGUGCCAGGGAAAUGAGCAUAGGGGAUGUCUAUAAGGGUCUAAGAACCUACUCGUCAUACGUUUUGGGAGCCUACUUUUUGUUUGCCGUACUAGAGACUCUAAUUGUAGCGGCAACCUAUAGGAUUAUUCGACGUAGAUAUCGGUUUAGUUAUGCGAAGCUUUUUAUAAACUUAUACGCAUUUUGCGGGGUAUUGGGACUGCCGUUCCCAUUGGCCAGAUAUAGAACAAGUUUAUCGCUUCAGCAGAUGGUGAUGGUCAUGAGCAUAUUUAGUUUGAUUUUCAGCUGUUUUUUUAAUGCCAAUUUGAGCACUCUUCUUAUCAAGCAACCUCAUUAUAAACAGAUUGAAAGCUAUGAGGAGCUUCGGAAAAGUGGACUAACAGUUAUAUUCGAUGAACGAUCUUAUAAUUACAUAAUCAAUGAAAUCGAUAAAAAGUUCUUCAACAAAGUAUGUGGGAAACUGUGGAUCAAUUUCAGAAACUCGAGAAACGAAGAGUUCUUUGCAAGUCCCAAGGGUUAA